CCGCAGAAGCCGAUCAGCUUCCCCCUUAAGAUGGCUGCAACGCAGAACCUCAACGAUAUUGACGGCCAAGGCUAUAUUCUCGACCGCAACUAUUUGGCAGCCUGUCGUCUCAAUCUCCAGCACUAUCUCUGGAGGGAGGCGUUGGGCUUUACGAUCGAUCCUCUGAUUCCAGUUUCAGAGAAUGCAGAUAUCGCCGACGUUGCUUGUGGAACGGGCCUAUGGCUUUUAGAUGCCGCCCGACUGUUACCAAACGCGAAGCUACGUGGCUUCGAUCUCGACCUCUCCCAAGCGCCUCACUCGAAUUGGCUUCCGUCUACUAUAACGCUUGAGAAGUGGAAUAUCUUUGAGGACAUUGACCCGCAUUGGGAAGGUCAAUUUGAUCUUGUCCAUAUCCGCCUCCUCGUCCUCGUUCUGUCAGGCGAGACUAGACAGCCGUUUGUCAACCGCCUGUUCAAACUCCUCAAACCCGAUAUGCACGUCCGCAAAGUCAAUCUCGCCAUAGCCUCCCCUGCCUUGGACCAGCUGUAUGAACUUUGCAACUCCUUCGGCCGACAUGAAUGGACUUUGCAGAUCCCUGAACUGCUGGCUGAGGCAGGUUUUGAGCAGGCAAGACUGACUGAAGUAGGCGAUGCGCCCCACUUCGCCCGCGCUUUCAACGAGCAGCACAUGAUGACGAUGGAAGAGAUCGCAGAAGGCAUGGCCCGACUCGGCAAGACAGAACUGGCAAAUAGAACUCUGAGGUUAAUCAGAGAUGCACACCCAGAGUCCGUGAAUGGUGCCACGUUGUGCAUCCCUCGAGUUGUGGUGGUGGCACGCAAACCGUUGUAGC